GUGUGCAUGUGUGUGUGUGUGUGUGAGCAUGUGAGUGUGUGUGUAUGUGAGUGUGUGGAUGUAUGUGUGCAUGUGUGUGUGUGUGUGUGUAUGUGUGUGUGUGUGUGUGUGUGGAUGUGUGUGCAUGUGUGUGUGUGUGUGUGUGUGUGUGUGUGUUUUCUCUGCACUGAAGAAUUUCAGGAUCAAGUCUUAUGGAGAGCAUGUAAGAGAAUAAAUGAUGUCUAUGGCUAACUAAUAAACAAACACCUUACUGGAGAGAAAAAUGGUCUCAAUUGCACAAACUACUAAACGCAACUAAUUUGCUUUGGACGCACUUCCCUAUCAAACUAAUUUUAAAAUGUGAGUUACAAAGUAGCGUAUUGCAACACAAGCAUCCUCAUGAAGCCGGUUCCAUUAUUCGCCCCCUACAUGGGUGUUAAUAAUAGCCACACCUCGCUUCAUACCAAACAAGGUCACAUUACCACACCCACUUUGGCAAAAGCAGGCAGGCAUAGACACAUCGGAAAAACGAGUCAGGUAAGAAUGGAGCAUUCACCUGCAGCUAGGCGUGCACACACACACACACACACAGACUCUCACACACACACUCACACGUGCGCACGCACACUCCCAAUGCUCUUUAGACCUGUGCGUCACUUCUGAAGUUUCGGAGGAGUGUCAGGGUGAACGAACAGAGCAGAAAGAGGAGAGAGGCGAAGAGAGACGGUUGUAGAGAGAGAGAGACGGAGAGAGACGGAGAAAGGGAGGGAGCGAGAUAGCCAGAGAGAGAGGGAGAGAGUUGUAGUGAGAGAGUUGUAGAAAAAGAGAGAGAGCUGUAGAGAGAGAUUUGUAGAGAGAGCUGUAGAGAGAAUGUCUGCAGAUUGUGGGAGGGAUUCGUCGGUGGGUGACCCUGGGGAGCAGAUGGUCGAGGUGGGGGAGCAGCAGGGUGACCCUGGGGAGCAGCAGGGUGAGUUUGGGGAGCAGCAAGGUGAGUUUGGGGAGCAGCGGGGCGAGUUUGGGGAGCAGGAGGGCGAGGAGUCGGACUCGGACAUGGAGCCGGUGGUGCUGUGGGUCCCGAGCGGCCGGAGGCUCCUGUCAGGGCUGCUGGGGCUGAACGUGGUGCUGCUCGGCGCCGCCCUGGUGGCCAGCCAGGCCUUUAACCCCACGGGGCUGCGGAACCAGGAGCCACAGGCCUUCCUGCUGCUGGUGAUGGGCCUGAGCCUGAUCUGGAUGCUGUGGUACCUGCUCUGGGCCCGGGCACAGCCCGGCUUCUCCCCCCACAUCGACCACCACGCCGGGAGCAUUGCCGUCACAGUGGUCCUCAUGGUGCUUGCAGGCUUCAGUGUCCUCCUGCACAUCUUCAGGAUGUGGUACAACGCCAUGAUGGUGGGGUGCAAACCCGCCACUAAAAUCCUGGCCCCCAUUAUCGAGGGCCCUUUCCUGGCUCUACAGACAUACCUACUCUGGGCUCACUCUAAGGAUUGCAUUCAAAAGCACAAGAUCCAGACCAGGUCCGGGCUGAUUCUCACUCUCUGUGCGGAUGUCCUGCUGUGGCUGAACGCUGUGACCGAGGACACGGUGCACAUGGAGAUCGAGCUGGAGCGCGAGAUAGCCGGGGUGCACGAGGACGAGACCUACGACACCGAGAGCUUCGAGCCGGGUAACGGAACCCUGUGUCAGUGUGGGGCCUAUGUGCUGUGCCUGGUGUUCCGGAAGGGCUUUGAGGUUCUGUACCCCUUCAACAUGGAGUACUACCUGAUGGCCAGCUGCUUGCUUUACGUCAUGUGGAAGAACGUGGGGCGCAGGACGGACCCCCGCCACCCCGAGCCCCCGGCCCGCAGGUUCACCCUGCGCAUGGUGCGCAGGAGCGGGGUGCGGGUGGGGCCGCUGGCAGGGGGCGUGGUCCUGCUGGUGGGCGUGGUCCUGUUCGUCCUGUACCAGGUGUGGGUGGGGCAGCGGGAGCAGCGCAGGGCGGCCUUCCUGCUGUUCUACGGGUACCACCUGGUGUUGGUGCCCCUCAUGGUGCUGGCGUCGCUGGCGGGCACGCUGGUGCAGGCGCUGGAGAGGCGGGGUCAGGGCCGGAGGAAGGGCGGCUGGGAGCCGGGGCAUAACCCCGCCCGCAGCCUGGACGUGCUGCUGCUGCUGGGGGCCGCUCUGGGCCAGCUCGCCCUCUCCUACUUUUCGCUGGUCGCCGCGCUGGCCGUGGGGCCCCAGGGCAUGAUGGGAAACCUGGACCUGGCCUACUCUCUUCUCAGCCUGCUGGAGCUCAUCCUGCAGAACGUCUUCAUCAUCGACGGCCUCAACGGCCACCAUGGCAUAGGCUCCGCCCACAGCUCCACCCCCAGUACCAAGAAGAAGAACUUCAGCAAGGCUGUGGAGGAACUGCCAGGGGGACUCACUCUGUUAGAGCCAGACAAAGCAGCAAAAGCGCCCUCUGUGGCUGGAACAGAGAGUGGCAGGAAACCCUGGACCAGACGAGUCAAAAAGGAGAUCUGUGCUUUCCUCAUUCUGUCCAAUAUAAUGCUGUGGGUGAUCCCAGCCUUCGGCGCGCACCCCCAGUUUGAGAACGGCCUGGGAAAGCAGUUCUUCGGAUUCACGGCCUGGUUCAUCCUGGUGAACCUGGGCCAGCCGCUGGGGGUGUUCUACCGGAUGCACUCUGUAGGAGCCCUGAUGGAGCUGCUCCUCACCGCCUGACCUGCCCCGCCCCGAUCCAAUCCGCCCCAGCCCCAUCCAGCCUCCAUCCGGCCCCAUCCGGCUCCAUCCGGCCCCAUCCGGCUCCAUCCGGCC